UAUAAAUACCCCGGGCUGUCCGUGGUUUGGUAUUCACCAUCAUCAUGAGGGGAAUCAUCCUAGCGCUGCUGCUCGCACUGGCGAGUAGUGAUAAAUCCGAUAACGAGCAACUUUUAAGUCCCACCAAGACCUACUUGUACAAUUAUGAGGGUCUCGUCGUGAACGGUUUUCCAGACAAUGGUUUGUCCAAGGCUGGGCUGAAGAUGAACCUUGAAGUUGAGAUCAGUGGCUUCGCUCAGAGAACGUAUAUCCUAAAGGUCCAAAGAAUUGAUGUAAAGGAAUAUCACGGCCAGUGGCCCAGAGAUCCUUUCACUCGAUCCCCUAAACUGACCGAAACCAUUGCAGAUGAGAUAAAAAAGCCCUUCAAGUUUGAAUACCACGAUGGCCGAGUUGGAGACGUAUUUGCCGCGGAGGGUGUCUCGAAGACAGUGGUCAAUAUCAUCAGGGGAAUUCUCAAUCUGCUGCAAGUCCAAGUCAGAAAGUCGCAGACUGUUUAUGAUCUGGAUGAGGACUGUCUUUCUGGAAGGUGCACAACAAGAUACAUGAUCCAGCAAGAUAACCGGAAAUCAAAUUCCCUCAUUCUGAUUAAAUCCAGGGACCUUUCCAAGUGUGAAGACCGUGCGGUAAAGAGGAUAGGGAUGACCUUCCUGGAACCCUGCAGAGCAUGCCAACAGAAAUCCAAGCACCUGCGCGCAAUGCUCACAGCCACCUACAGGAUAAGAGACAGAUCACAAGGGGCCGUCAUUGAGGAAGUCAAGGCCAAGGAAGUGUUCCAAUACUCCCCAUUCUAUGAACUUUACGGAGCUGCUGUAACAGAAGUCAGACAAGUCCUCACCUUGAAAGACAUAAAAUCCAGCAAGGUCAGUGAGCCUCGUGUGCAACUGGAAAACCGCGGUGGAAUAAAGUACCGCUUUGGGACUGAGGUCUACCAGAUGCCUUUUCACUUACUGAAGUCUAAGAACCUAGAGUCACAGAUUGCAGACACUCUACAGCACCUGGUACAGAACAACCAGCAACAGGUCCAGGCAGAGGCUCCAGCCAAAUUCCUACAACUGGUCCAGCUUCUGCGUGACAUAGACCCCGAGAACUUCCAAACCUUAUUUAAGCAGUAUUCGGACAGACCUGUGUACAGACAAUGGAUGACAAAGGCGAUCCCUCUCGUCGGAUCAGAGGAAGCUCUUAAGGUCAUCAAGCAUAAUAUUCCGUACCAGAGCACACAAGAAGCCGCCAUGUCUCUUACCCUCGCCAUGUACUACACCAGAGCCAGCCAGCGGGCCCUGCAAACUGCAGCUGAUUUAUUGAUGGAUACUAGAGUUCAGAAUUCUCCGAUCCUGCGCAAGGCAGCCAUGUUGUCCUAUGGAACAAUGGUCAACAAAUUCUGUGCAGAUGAUGAAGUGUGUCCAGAAUCAGCUCUGCAGCCCCUCCAUGAUUUUGCGGCUGAGGCAGCCAACAAGGCGCGCAUUGAGGACAUCAUUCUGGCUCUGAAGGCUCUGGGUAACGCCGGACAAGUUGCAAGUAUCAAGCGCAUCCUGAAAUUCAUACCAGGAUUUUCCUCCAGUGCUUCCCAGCUACCAGUCAGGGUCCAGGUCGAUGCGGUGAUGGCUGUGCGCAAUAUUGCUAAAGACGAUCCCAAGAGAGUCCAAGAAAUUCUGCUCAGCGUCUUAAUGGACCAUACCAUCCACACCGAAGUCCGAAUGAUGGCAGCCGCAGUUCUUUUGGAGACCAGACCCCCAGCAGCCACAGUGGCCACCAUUGCGCUUGCCAUACAGAAAGAGAGCAAGGUUAACCUGCAGCUGGCCAGCUUCGUGUACUCCUAUCUGAAGGCCCUGACGCGGACCACUGUGCCCGAGUACCGUGAGCUGAACGCAGCCGCCAACAUCGCCAUAAAGAUCUUGAGUCCCGUCCUGGACAAACUGAGCAUGCGUUACAGCAAAGUGAUUCACAUCGACACUUUUAACUACCCCCUGAUGUCUGGUGCCUCUGCAAAUGUUCUUCUCAUGAACAGUCCCACCACCAUGCUCCCAGUUGCCGUCAUCAUUAAAGUCAGAGGCUACAUGGCUGGCGCAACCACAGACAUUGCUGAGUUUGCUCUACGGGCUGAGGGUCUCCAGGAAGUCCUCAGGAAGCAAAACAUUCCCUUUGCUGAAUUCUCCAUGAAGAAAAACAUUGUCAAGAUCAUCAAAGCGCUGGCUGGAUUUAAAUCUGUUCCAUCCGAGUCUCCUCUGUUCUCUGGCAACGUUAAGGUGUUCGGGCAAGAGGUCUACUUCAGCGAGGCCACCCAGGAAACCAUCCAGAACUCUGUGAAGAUGGUGACGGAGCCUACCUCCCAACACUCAGUCAUUAAGAAGAUCAUUAAGGACUUUCUCGGUGGCCUUGUAGGACAAUGGGCCCAUCCUGCGCUGUUGGCCGAGGCACGGCACAUCGUACCCACUUCCAUCGGUCUUCCCCUAGAGCUGAGCGUACACUCCGCUGCUAUUGGCAAUGCUGCAUAUAACAUUGAGAUGAAAGCCAAUCCUUCCCCGUCAAGUGACUUGAGUAUUGCUCAGUUGCUGCAAUCCAGUAUCCAGCUGCGCGCUGAUGUCACUCCCAGUAUUUCAGUACAUACCGUGGCAACUAUGGGUGUAAAUACUCAUUUAGUACAGUCCGGAAUUGAAUUCCACGCAAAGUUCCAAGCCGCCACCCCCGCAAAGUUCACAGCGAAAAUUGAUGCUAAAGAAAGAAACGUCAAGAUUGAGAGCUCACCAAGCCAGAAGGAGAACGAUAUUAUAGUGGCAAGAACCCAAGUGUACGCUGUGUCCAGAAACCUGGAAGAAUUGGAUGCGGCGAAGAAGACGCCAAUCGUGCCCAAGGGUGGCGACCAGGACGUCCUAAGGAAACAUUUUGAGACAUCUGACAAGGCAUCGGCAGAAGGCGCCAGCUUGAUGGAAGGAUCUUCAGAAAUAGUGGCCAAAAAAUACGCUUACCCUGGAGAGACAGGACAACAUCAGUAUUCACCUUCUAACGCGUUGCGCUUCUGCAUCAAGAUUCCACAUGUCCCCUUCCAUGUGUGUCUGAAACACAAAUCCCGUAACGCCGCUGGCCGCAAACACAGCUUCUUGUAUCAGAUCGUGGGCGAGCAUGAGGCCAAAGUCACAGCCAAACUAGUCACAGGACAGAAGGAAGCACCUAUCGAGAAAUUCCAACUGGAAAUAACAGCCGGGCCCAAGGCUGCUUCAAAAAUCAUCGCCCUGGCCGACCUAGAGAAAGAAGGCGAACAGCUGGAGGAAUCCGAGAUCCACAAGCGGCUGAGGACAAUCCUUGGAAUCGAUGAGCACUUGGCCAAGAACCGGACCAUGCGAGUAUACAAGAAAAAUCAACUCAAGGACACCACCGAUGUUGUUGCGGCCACGAAGAAUAAGAAUAAGAAAGACAGCAGCAGCAGCAGUUCCAGCAGCAGUUCCAGCAGCAGCAGCAGCUCCUCAGAGUCUUCAGAUUCAAGCUCAUCCAGCAGCUCCCAGCAAAAUAAGCGACACCGUGACAAUGCAAAGGCAGAAAGGAGCCAAUCUUGGAAAAACCAGCAGAAUAGAGAUCAAGACAAGCAUAAUCAACAAAAAUACCAGCAGAGCAGCAGCAGUUCCAGCAGUUCCAGCGACAGUGACAGCAGCAGUUCCAGCAGUUCCAGUGACAACAGCAGUAGUAGCAGCAGCAGCAGCAGCUCAAGCCAGCAACGCAACAAGAACAAACACCAGCAAGACGCUUACGGUCAGAAGAACAAACAGCAGCAAAAGACCCGACACCUGAUCAGCGACCAAGACGCUGAAAUCUACGAGCUGCGCUUUAAGAGACAGCGUGUACGGACAGUUUCAGGCCGCGUACAAUCAUCGCAGUCCAGCUCCAGCUCAUCAAGCAGCAGCAGCAGCGGCAGUAGCAGCAGCAGCGCAGCUAAUGGAAUACCCCAUCAACGUUCCCGAUUCCUUGGAGAAAACAAGUCCCCCAGCUUUGUGGUGACCGCUCAGGCCGUCAGAUCCGAUAACAAGAAGCAAGGGAUCCAGAUAAUCCUGUAUGCCGACUAUUAUUCAUCCAGGCCCAAGGUGCAGGCUUACGCCGUGGACAUUACCGGAGAGAGCCGCUGGAGAGCCUGCUUCAAUGCACAAGUGGAAAGCCAGCACGAAGCCCAGGCUGAUCUGAAAUGGGGCCAGAACUGCCAGCAGUACAAAAUUUCUGCCUGGGCCGAAACCGGGCGACUGGGUGUCCAGCCGGCGCUGAGGAUCAGAGUGAACUGGCCAAGAAUCCCAUCCAAGCUGAAGUCCGUUGGACAACUGGUUGGCUGGUACUUACCCGGAGCUGCCCUUUUGUCAGGAUUCUCCCAAAGAGUAAAGAGAAACCCAUCAAGACAGGCGCAACUGGUCAUGUCCCUCAGCAACCCCCGAACCAUGAACGUUGUAGUGAAAAUCCCCCAGGCCACCCUCUACUACCAAGCCUUCAAUCUCCCCGCUGCAGUCACCGCCGCCUGGUACGCACGCCCGGCUGACAUUCAAGUCCCAACCUGGAACGUCUUUGCUGAAAUGCCCAACUACAUAGCCGACAGAGCUCAAGGACGCUGCACAAUAACCGACAACAUGAUAACAACAUUCAACGAUGUGAAAUACAAUUACACAAUGCCCGGCAAUUGCUACCACAUUCUCGCCCAGGACCGCACCGAAGAGAGUAAGUUCCUGAUCUUGGCCAGGAAUUCUCUGCAGAACCCGGAAUACAAGGACCUUAAUAUCAAGUUGGGAGAGUUUAAUAUUGAGAUGUACACCGAGUCCGGGGAGCCCAAGCUGAGCGUAAAUAACAUUGAGAUUUCCAAGACUAAGCUCCCAUAUGUAUCCAGCCAGGAUCCCAGGGUGUGCAUUGACAAGAUAGAGGGAAAAUAUGUCCUAUCUGCAUCAGAGUUUGGAAUUGUGAAGCUGUCUUAUGAUGGAAAGUCAAGUGAGGUCCUCACCGCAGCAUGGAUGAGAGGCAAGACCUGUGGUAUCUGCGGCUACCAUGAUGAUGAAACAGAACAGGAGUUCAGGAUUCCCGACGGAUCCCUGGCUAAGGAUGAAGGAAGCUUCGGUCACUCCUGGAUCCUGGCUGAAGAAGCCUGCACAGGGGCCUGUAAACUUACGCAGCGCAUGAUAAAGGUAGAAAAACCGGAAAACGAGGAGAGCAAAUGUUACACCAUACACCCUGUCCUGCGUUGUGCUAAGGGCUGCUCAGCAACAUCCAUCGCCCCAGUCUCUGUCGGCUUCCACUGCGUCUCUACCGAUCUGGAUGAAGAUCAGGUGCUGACGGACAGACGUGAAGACUUCACAGACAGAGUGGACGCACAUACGUCCUGCUCUUGCCAUUCCCUCCAGUGCGCAGCUUAAUUAUCGCCAUCGUUCCUGUAGAGGGAACCUCUUGUUUAUACCUAGAAAUGUUAAAAGUGAAAAUAACACAAGAAUGAGCUGCAACGACAGCGCCAAUCAAUCGCAUUCUCCAACCAAGUGUAUAGUUCUUCACUGUAAACCCUGAAAUUUUCAAUAAAUAUAUUUGCAUCCACAAAAUAA